AUGAGGCUUCUGUUGGAUGAAGAGAGAGCUAACCUAGCUACCCUUAGUCAGAAACUCACAGAACACACAGAGGUAGUGCAGACUUUUUCACAAGAAGCGGAAUUUCAGAACAAAGAAAAGCAGCUCCAUCUCACUUUAGAAAAAUACCAAUACCACCUUAAAGAAAGGAAACAUCGACAGUUUAUUAGAGAUCUCUCAGACUUCAAAGAAAACCGUAUAUAUUCCUCUCUUGGUAACACCAGAAGAGACACUGUACCAAGCAAUUCUGAGAGAUCUUCUACUGAAACUGAUUUAUCCGAUUCUGAGAGAGAAACUGCCCCUAAAACGAGUCAACACCCCAACAGGGAUGUAUUCCUUAAUAUGGUCACUAAGGACCUGGAGGAUCUCCAGGUGUCCACACAUCAUUCCAACUGCGCCGAGUCGGUGACCACUGCUAUUUCAUCACUAGCCGACGACCACCAAAUCGUCAUCAAACCCGCUGACAAGGGGGGGAAUGUCGUGGUCAUGGACUCGGAACAAGUGGAUGUUCCAUAUAAAAGCUCAGAUUUGAACAUUGGCAGCGAAGGUGUGGAUAUAGUGUUUUCCAGUAGUGACAUAAAAGUGAGGUGGAACACACUGGAUUCUUUCCAGGUGGCGUUACCUGACAGAUACAAAAAUGAAACAUGUGGCUUAUGUGGAGACUAUAAUGGCUUUAAAAAUUACAAUGAGGGUUUCAAAGAUGAGGACCAGGAAAGUAUAGAAGACUUUUUGGCCAAAAACUCUGUAGAAAUUCCUGGAGAAGCUUGUGAGCAAAGCAGCUCCCCAAUUUUACCAAACUGCAAAAAUGCUCAUAAAGCAUGUGCAAUACUGCACAGUCCUGAACUGUCUAACUGUGCUGCACACUACGAUAUAAAUCCCUACCUACAGAUCUGUGAAAGUGACAGCUGUGCUUGUAACAGUAGUGAGAGUCAGGCUUUGUUUUGCAUCUGUAGCACCUUGUCUGAAUUCUCCAAACAGUGCGCCAAUGCUAAUGGAAAGCCAGAAAACUGGAGGAGCCCACAAAUCUGUGGACUAAAAUGCCCACGAACCAUGGUAUAUAAAGAAUGCGGUUCAGCUUGUGAGAAGACCUGCAGCAAUCAAGAGCCGGGGGCUUGUAUAAAAAUAUGUGUUACUGGUUGCUUUUGUCCGAAUGGCACUGUGUUUGAUGACAUCAGAGAUAAAGGAUGUAUUCCACCAUCUGAAUGUUUUUGCAAGUACUCAGGAGACAUCUAUCGUUCAGGGGAAAUAUUGGAUCUUCCAUGUGAAAACUGCACCUGCUUUAAGGGAAUGUGGAGAUGUACUCGUAAACCUUGUCAAGGCUCCUGUGCAGUAGAAGGUGGAUCACAUAUCACAACUUUUGAUCAGAGAGGUUACAACUUUCAUGGGGACUGUUGCUAUAUCCUCACUCAGCUGUGUUCAGUAUCCUUAUUUACUGUCCAUGGAGAAAUCAAGUCAUGCAAUCUGAAUGAGUUUGAGACUUGUCUAUCAAAAAUCGUUCUGAUUAUUAGGAAUUCUAAGACAAGACUAGUCAUCACAAACACUGGAAAAGUUUCAGUAAACUCUAUGACCAUUUAUUUACCGUAUGAUAAUGGAAACCUGACUGUUUUUGAGCCUACUUCAUAUUACAUAAUUGUAAAUACCAACUUUGGUCUUCGACUGGAUAUUCAGCUUGUUCCUAUAAUGCAAGUUUAUAUAUAUUUAGAUAAUUCUUACUUUGGCCUUACCUGUGGUCUAUGUGGAAACUUCAAUGAUAAGCAAUUUGAUGACUUUGUUAUACCAAAUGGAAUGUCAGUGCAAGAUCUGGAUACUUUCGCACAUUCAUGGCGAAGUGAACAAACUUGCUUAAAAGCCUCAACUGAAGUUAUUGAUCCAUGUUCCAUUAACAUUCAAAAAGAGUCAUAUGCCUCACUGUGGUGCUCCAAGUUAAAUUCCAAAGAUUCAGUUUUUGCUGUGUGUCACCAUGUUAUCAAUCCAGCUCCCUUCUAUCAGAAAUGCUUGUAUGACACUUGUUUGUGCAAAAAUUCUGAGAAUUGUAUGUGUGCAGCCCUUUCAAGUUAUGUCCGAGCUUGCACUGAGCGCGGUGUCAUAAUUGCGAACUGGAGGAUAAAAAUGUGCGACAAAUAUAUUAAAGACUGCCUGCCUCCACUGGUUUAUAAAAAUAAUGUCGAGACAUGCCAAACUACUUGCAAAUCUUUGAGUGUGGCAGAUAGAUCAUGCACCAUGGACUUUACUCCCAUUGAUGGCUGCGUCUGUAAGAAGGGAUUGUACUUGACACAAUACGGUCAAUGUGUUCCACAGAGUCAAUGUUAUUGUUACCACUUGGGAACAUAUCAUAGACCUGGAGAAAAACUUUACAGAAAUGGCAUUGAGUGUGUCUGCCGCAAUGGGAAGCUAUACUGUGACUACAGCCACCUGCAAAAAACAAAUUGUACACAACCCAUGGUCUACUUUAAUUGUUCUCGGGAACCCUUGGACGCUACAGGAAUCGAGUGUUUACAGAGCUGUCAUAAUUUAAAUGUAGACUGUUACAGCAAUGAGUGUGUCUCCGGUUGUGUAUGUCCUCGAAAUACACUCGCUGAUGGCAAAGGAGGAUGCGUGCCUAGUAAUCGAUGUACCUGUUUUUAUAAUGACAAGAUAUAUAAUCAUAAUGAAAAAACCAAGAUUGGCUGCAGGAACUGUACCUGUAUUAAUCGUAAAUGGGUCUGUGAUCAAGGCGGAACGCUAGCUGAGUGCUUGGUUUAUGGCCAAGGAAAUUACAUAACAUUUGACAAAAAGCAUUAUCGAUACAGUGGACAGUGUGAAUAUACUUUGGUUCAGGAUUUCUGUGGUAGAAGUGUAAAAAAUGGAACAUUUAGCAUCAUUUCUGAAAACACCAGGUGCAGCGAUACUGGUUUAACCUGUUCAAAGACCAUCAAAGUGUUUUUAAAUGAGUACAUUCUUCUUUUAUCACAUGGCAAAGCAGAUUUAUCCAGUGAGGGAGAAGUGUCUGAGUCACCCUUUAAGAUACGGGACACCAGCCUUUAUCUGAUCAUUACUGCAAGCAAUGGACUAGUUCUGGUUUGGGAUAAAAAAACAAGUCUCACUAUCAAGCUCACAGAACAUUUUCAACAAAAUGUCUGUGGACUCUGCGGAAAUUACGAUGGCAAUUCAAACAAUGAUUUUACUACAAGAGGUCACCUUGUUGUACAAGACGGAAUAGAAUUUGGUGAUACCUGGAAACUAUCACCAUCAUGUCCAGAAACUGAAAUAAUGAUAGAACCCUGUGAGAUUAAUCCCCACCGAAAGUCAUGGUCUCAAAGACAGUGUGGCAUUAUCCUGAGUGACACAUUCAAAACCUGCCAUUCUGAGGUCGAUCCUACUAGCUAUUAUCAUGCAUGUGUGAAAGAUUCCUGUGCUUGUGAUGAAGGAGGGGAUUGUGAUUGCUAUUGUACAGCUAUUGCAGUGUAUGCCCAGGCAUGCCUUGCCCAUUGUAUUUGUAUUGACUGGAGAACUCCAAACCGUUGUCCUGUGUUCUGUGACUAUUAUAACAAUGAAGGUAGUUGUGAGUGGCAUUAUAAAGCAUGUGGAGCCAACUGCAUGAAGACCUGUAGAAAUCCAUCUGGAAAUUGUUCAUCUGAACCAACUAAAAUGGAAGGCUGUUAUCCUAAGUGCCCUGAUGAUAAGCCCUUCUUUGAAGAACUUGGUAUGCAGUGUGUAAAUCAGUGCGGCUGCUAUGAUCAGAUGGGAAAAUACUAUAAGCUAGGGGACAAAAUCAUAUCCUGUAAUAACUGUGAAACCUGCAACUGCACAACCAAUGGCAUCCAAUGCAAAUACGAUAAGUACGCCUGCUACUGUGAAUACCAUGGAUACAUUUAUGCCUACAAUGAAACAAUCUAUGUUAAAGAUAUUGGCAAAGGAAUUUGCAUUGUCCUUGUAUGUGGCAUCAAUGGUACAACAACUAAAUACUAUGUUCCUUGUGGAACAACAUCAACCAGAGCAACUAAAACAUCAACAGUAACUAUUACUUCUAAGAAAGUCACAACUGAAUUUACAUCAAUGACAACAAAAUGUUUUUGCAUAUUCAAGAACAGGACAUAUGAUCCAGAUACAAUAAUAUAUAUAACCUAUGACAACAUAAACGCGUGUGGAACUAAAGUUAUAUGUGAUACAUUUUGCAGAAUAAAAUCAGAGCCAUUGCCAUGUACAACACAAUUAACCAGCACCACAAAAAGAAUCACUACUGUUUCAUCAAGUGCUACAACACCUUUAUCUAGUUUGACAACAGUUACCACUACACCAGCCACAACAGCUUCAACAUCCAUCAGUAUAACACCAACCACCACUUUCCAAAGUACAACUAGUAGUACAUUAACUGCCUCCACCAGUAAAAGCACAUCCACUGCAACAACAACACCAGCAACAACUACUACUAAACUUGUUACAAGUAGUACUGCAUCAACCACAAAGACAUCUAUUUCAUCUACAGCUAGUACUGAAACAACAACACCAACAAGCACUGUGUCCACUACAAGAACAACUACAUUCCCUACUGUAAGUAAAACCUCUACAAUUGUUACACCAACUAAAAGCACAUCAGCUUCUGCAACUACAACACCAUCCAGUACUUCUAAAGUUACAGCAAGCAGUACCACAUCAGCAUCCACUACCACGCAAUCUUCUACCACUUCUGUAAGCACAAAACCAUCUACUACAUCAACAACCAGUAGUAGUGCAACAACCUCCACAAGUGUUAGAACACCAGCAAGCACUGUGACUACAAGUACAACUACAUACCCUACUUCAACUAAAACCUCUACAACUGUUACACCAACUAAAAGCACAUCAGCUUCUGCAACUACAACACCAUCCAGUACUUCUAAAGUUACAGCAAGUAGUACCACAUCAGCAUCCACUACCACUCAAUCUUCUACCACUUCUGUAAGCACAAAACCAUCUACUACGACAACAACCAGCAGUAGUGCCACAACCUCCACAAGUGUUAGAACACCAACAAGCACUGUGACUACUGCAAGUACAACUACAUACCCUACUUCAACUAAAACCUCUACAACUGUUACACCAACUAAAAGCACAUCAGCUUCAGCAACUACAACACCAUCCAGUACUUCUAAAGUUACAGCAAGCAGUACCACAUCAGUAUCCACUACCACGCAAUCUUCUACCACUUCAGUAAGCACAAAACCAUCUACUACAUUAACAACCAGUAGUAGUGCCACAACUCCCACAAGUGUUAGAACAACAGCAAGCACUGUGACUACUACAAGUACAACUACAUACCCUACUUCAACUAAAACCUCUACAACUGUUACACCAACUACUAGCACGUCAGCUUCUGCAACUACAACACCAUCCAGUACUUCUAAAGUUACAGCAAGCAGUACCACAUCAGCAUCCACUACCACGCAAUCUUCUACCACUUCUGUAAGCACAAAACCAUCUACUACGACAACAACCAGCAGUAGUGCCACAACCUCCACAAGUGCUAGAACACCAACAAGCACUGUGACUACUACAAGUACAACUUCAUACCCUACUUCAACUAAAACCUCUACAACUGUUACACCCACUAAAAGCACAUCAGCUUCUGCAACUACAACACCAUCCAGUACUUCUAAAGUUACAGCAAGCAGUACCACAUCAGCAUCCACUACCACGCAAUCUUCUACCACUUCUGUAAGCACAAAACCAUCUACUACAUCAACAACCAGUAGUAGUGCCACAACCUCCACAAGUGUUAGAACACCAGCAAGCACUGUGACUACUACAAGUACAACUACAUACCCUACUUCAUCUAAAACCUCUACAACUGUUACACCAACUAAAAGCACAUCAGCUUCAGCAACUACAACACCAUCCAGUACUUCUAAAGUUACAGCAAGCAGUACCACAUCAGCAUCCACUACCACACAAUAUUCUACCACUUCUGUAAGCACAAAACCAUCUACUACAUCAACAACCAGUAGUAGUGCCACAACCUCCACAAGUGUUAGAACACCAGCAAGCACUGUGACUACUACAAGUACAACUACAUACCCUACUUCAACUAAAACCUCUACAACUGUUACACCAACUACUAGCACGUCAGCUUCUGCAACUACAACACCAUCCAGUACUUCUAAAGUUACAGCAAGCAGUACCACAUCAGCAUCCACUACCACGCAAUCUUCUACCACUUCUGUAAGCACAAAACCAUCUACUACAUCAACAACCAGUAGUAGUGCCACAACCUCCACAAGUGUUAGAACACCAGCAAGCACUGUGACUACUACAAGUACAACUACAUACCCUACUUCAACUAAAACCUCUACAACUGUUACACCCACUAAAAGCACAUCAGCUUCUGCAACUACAACACCAUCCAGUACUUCUAAAGUUACAGCAAGCAGUACCACAUCAGUAUCCACUACCACGCAAUCUUCUACCACUUCUGUAAGCACAAAACCAUCUACUACAUUAACAACCAGUAGUAGUGCCACAACUCCCACAAGUGUUAGAACAACAGCAAGCACUGUGACUACUACAAGUACAACUACAUACCCUACUUCAACUAAAACCUCUACAACUGUUACACCAACUACUAGCACGUCAGCUUCUGCAACUACAACACCAUCCAGUACUUCUAAAGUUACAGCAAGCAGUACCACAUCAGCAUCCACUACCACGCAAUCUUCUACCACUUCUGUAAGCACAAAACCAUCUACUACAUCAACAACCAGUAGUAGUGCCACAACCUCCACAAGUGUUAGAACACCAGCAAGCACUGUGACUACUACAAGUACAACUACAUACCCUACUUCAACUAAAACCUCUACAACUGUUACACCCACUAAAAGCACAUCAGCUUCUGCAACUACAACACCAUCCAGUACUUCUAAAGUUACAGCAAGCAGUACCACAUCAGCAUCCACUACCACACAAUAUUCUACCACUUCUGUAAGCACAAAACCAUCUACUACAUCAACAACCAGUAGUAGUGCCACAACCUCCACAAGUGUUAGAACACCAGCAAGCACUGUGACUACUACAAGUACAACUACAUACCCUACUUCAACUAAAACCUCUCCAACUGUUACACCAACUACUAGCACGUCAGCUUCUGCAACUACAACACCAUCCAGUACUUCUAAAGUUACAGCAAGCAGUACCACAUCAGCAUCUACUACAACUCAAUCUUCUACCACUUCUGUAAGCACAAAACCAUCUACUACAUCAACAACCAGUACUAGUGCCGCAACCUUCACAAGUGUUAGAACACCAGCAAGCACUGUGACUACUACAAGUACAACUUCAUACCCUACUUCAACUAAAACCUCUACAACUGUUACACCAACUAAAAGCACAUCAGCUUCUGCAACUACAACACCAUCCAGUACUUCUAAAGUUACAGCAAGCAGUACCACAUCAGCAUCCACUACCACGCAAUCUUCUACCACUUCUGUAAGCACAAAACCAUCUACUACAUCAACAACCAGUAGUAGUGCCACAACCUCCACAAGUGUUAGAACACCAGCAAGCACUGUGACUACUACAAGUACAACUUCAUACCCUACUUCAACUAAAACCUCUACAACUGUUACACCAACUAAAAGCACAUCAGCUUCUGCAACUACAACACCAUUCAGUACUUCUAAAGUUACAGCAAGUAUUACCACAUCAGCAUCCACUACAACUCAAUCUUCUACCACUUCUGUAAGCACAAAACCAUCUACUACAUCAACAACUAGUACUAGUGCCGCAACCUUCACAAGUGUUAGAACACCAACAAGUACUGUGACCACUAUAAGUACAACUACAUACCCUACUUCAUCUAAAACCUCUACAACUGUUACACCAACUAAAAGCACAUCAGCUUCAGCAACUACAACACCAUCCAGUACUUCUAAAGUUACAGCAAGCAGUACCACAUCAGCAUCCACUACCACGCAAUCUUCUACCACUUCUGUAAGCACAAAACCAUCUACUACAUCAACAACCAGUAGUAGUGCCACAACCUCCACAAGUGUUAGAACACCAGCAAGCACUGUGACUACAAGUACAACUACAUACCCUACUUCAACUAAAACCUCUACAACUGUUACACCAACUAAAAGCACAUCAGCUUCUGCAACUACAACACCAUCCAGUACUUCUAAAGUUACAGCAAGCAGUGCCACAUCUGCAUCCACUACCACUCAAUCUUCUACCACUUCUGUAAGCACAAAACCAUCUACUACAUCAACAACCAGUAGUAGUGCCACAACCUCCACAAGUGUUAGAACACCAACAAGCACUGUGACGAGAAGUACAACUACAUACCCUACUUCAGCUAUAAUCUCUACAACUGUUACACAGACUAAAAGCACAUUGAUUUCUACAACUACAACACCAACCAGUACUUCUAAAGUUACAGCAAGCAGUACCACAUCAGCAUCCACUACCACUCAAUCUUCUACCACUUCUGUAAGCACAAAACCAUCUACUACAUCAACAAUCAGUAGUAGUGCCACAACCUCCACAAGUGCUAGAACACCAACAAGCACUGUGACUACUACAAGUAAAACUACAUACCCUACUUCAACUAAAACCUCUACAACUGUUACACCAACUAAAAGCACAUCAGCUUCUGCAACUACAACACCAUCCAGUACUUCUAAAGUUACAGCAAGCAGUACCACAUCAGCAUCCACUACCACGCAAUCUUCUACCACUUCUGUAAGCACAAAACCAUCUACUACAUCAACAACCAGUAGUAGUGCCACAACCUCCACAAGUCUUAGAACACCAGCAAGCACUGUGACUACAAGUACAACUACAUACCCUACUUCAACUAAAACCUCUACAACUGUUACACCUACUAAAAGCACAUCAGCUUCUGCAACUACAACACCAUCCAGUACUUCUAAAGUUACAGCAAGCAGUACCACAUCUGCAUCCACUACCACUCAAUCUUCUACCACUUCUGUAAGCACAAAACCAUCUACUACAUCAACAAUCAGUAGUAGUGCCACAACCUCCACAAGUGCUAGAACACCAACAAGCACUGUGACUACUACAAGUAAAACUACAUACCCUACUUCAACUAAAACCUCUACAACUGUUACACCAACUAAAAGCACAUCAGCUUCUGCAACUACAACACCAUCCAGUACUUCUAAAGUUACAGCAAGUAGUACCACAUCAGCAUCCACUACCACUCAAUCUUCUACCACUUCUGUAAGCACAAAACCAUCUACUACAUCAACAAUCAGUAGUAGUGCCACAACCUCCACAAGUGCUAGAACACCAACAAGCACUGUGACUACUACAAGUAAAACUACAUACCCUACUUCAACUAAAACCUCUACAACUGUUACACCAACUAAAAGCACAUCAGCUUCUGCAACUACAACACCAUCCAGUACUUCUAAAGUUACAGCAAGCAGUACCACAUCAGCAUCCACUACCACUCAAUCAUCUACCACUUCUGUAAGCACAAAACCAUCUACUACAUCAACAACCAGUAGUAGUGCCACAACCUCCACAAGUCUUAGAACACCAGCAAGCACUGUGACUACAAGUACAUCUACAUACCCUACUUCAGCUAUAAUCUCUACAACUGUUACACCAACUAAAAGCACAUCAGCUUCAGCAACUACAACACCAUCCAGUACUUCUAAAGUUACAGCAAGCAGUGCCACAUCUGCAUCCACUACCACUCAAUCUUCUACCACUUCUGUAAGCACAAAACCAUCUACUACAUCAACAACCAGUAGUCGUGCCACAACUCCCACAAGUGUUAGACCACCAACAAGCACUGUGACCACUACAAGUAUAACUACAUACCCUACUUCAACUAAAACCUCUACAACUGUUACACCAACUAAAAGCACAUCAGCUUCUGCAACUACAACACCGUCCAGUACUUCUAAAGUUACAGCAACCAGCACCACAUCAGCAUCCACUACCACUCAAUCUUCUACCACUUCUGUAAGCACAAAACCAUCUACUACAUUAACAACCAGUACUAGUGCCACAACCCCCACAAGUGUUAAACCACCAACAAGCACUGUGACUACUACAAGUAAAACUACAUACCCUACUUCAACUAAAACCUCUACAACUGUUACACCAACUAAAAGCACAUCAGCUUCUGCAACAACAACACCAUCCAGUACUUCUUCAUUUACAGCAAGUAGUACCAGAUCAGCAACCACUACCACUCAAUCUUCUACCACUACUUUAAGCACAAAAUCAUCUACUGCAUCAACAACCAGUAGCAGUGCCACAUCAUCUUUACCAACUACAGAAAUUACAAGUUCAAAAACUUCUAGUCCUUUUACUACCACUGAAACUACUAAAACAUCAACUUCUCCACCAUUUUCUUUAAGUGCUAGUUCUGUAAGUUCUACUUUUUCAUCAACUUCCACAUUAGUUUCUCCAUCUGUAAACGAACCCACUGCUUUAACGUACCCUGAAACUACUCCAAGUCCAUGUGAAGCUGUGAGUUGUCCAGAAGGUUCAAUGUUCAAUAUCAGUAGCCUAGACUGUAUAAAUGAGAUACGCCCCAUUUGCAAUAUACCGUUAAAACGAUUAUAUGAUUCAAAGCGCUGUUGCUUUACUUAUAUCUGUCCAUUCUGUUUGGCGGCUGAUGGAACCAAUUAUCGGCCUGGUAGCGCAUGGAUUCAGGGUUGCCAGAAUUGCACUUGCCUAGACGGUGAAACUAACUGUCAGAUGGUCCCUUGUCCUGAUGUCAUACCACUAACAUGCAAUCAACCAGGAUAUCAGCUCAAGAGGGUUGAAAAUCCAGAUAAUCCUUGCUGUAUCAUAAACCAGUGCGUGUGCAAUGUAAGUUUAUGCGGUCCACUACUAAGCUCGUGCUCAAGCGGUUAUAAGCCUAUUUUCUCGCUGACUGGCUGCUGUGUGAGAGUUACUUGUGUUCCAGAGCCUGACUUCACAAUAACCACCUCUGUGGCCAGCCGUCCAAGUGCAGGAGUGUGCAUUAUUAACAAUUUACAGUACACGGAAGGACAAUCUGUUUUUGACCCCAAUGACGAUUGCACAUAUUAUAAGUGCGAGAUGUCAGAUGAACAACUUGUUACAGUUACAAUUAAGCAGAUUUGCGAACAUUACAGCUCAAGUGACUGCAAAUAUGGUGAGGAGUAUGUGCCACCUACCAACCAGUGCUGCGGGCAGUGUGUCCAAAAAUCCUGUGUUGUCAUUACAGCAAAUGGAACUGCUAUACUUCUGAGCGAAGGAAAAUCUCUUUCUUCCCCUGAUGACAAAUGUACAACUUAUAAAUGUGUGAAUUCAAGCGGACAACUUGUUACUGUUACAGAAAAAGAGACCUGCCAAUAUAGCAGCUCAAAGGACUGUAAAUAUGGUGAGGAGUAUUUGCCACCUACGAACCAGUGUUGCGGACAGUGUGUCCAAAAAUCUUGUGUUUUUAUGACACCAAGCGGAGACCUUAUGCUUCUGAAUGAAGGAGAAUCUAUUUCUUCCCCUGAUGACAAAUGUUUAACUUAUAAAUGUGUGAAGUCAAGCGGACAACUUGUUACAGUUACAGAAAAAGAGACCUGCCAAUAUAGAAGCUCAAAGGACUGUAAAUAUGGUGAGGAGUAUUUGCCACCUACGAACCAGUGUUGCGGACAGUGUGUCCAAAAAUCUUGUGUUUUCAUGACACCAAGCGGAGACCUUAUGCUUCUGAAUGAAGGAAAAUCUUUUUCUUCCCCUGAUGACAAAUGUACAACUUAUAAAUGUGUGAAGUUAAGUGGACAACUUGUUACAGUUAUAGAAAAAGAGACCUGCCAAUAUAGCAGCUCAAAGGACUGUAAAUAUGAUGAGGAGUAUGUGCCACCUACCAACCAGUGCUGUGGACAGUGUGUCAAAAAAUCCUGUGUCGUUACUACAACAAAUGGAACUGCUAUACUUCUGAACGAAGGAGAGUCCUUUGAUUCCCCUGAUGACAAAUGUACAACUUAUAAAUGUGUGAAGUCAAGCGGACAACUGGUUACAGUUACAGAAAAAGAGACCUGCCAAUAUAGCAGUUCAAAGGACUGUAAAUAUGGUGAGGAGUAUGUGCCACCUACCAACCAGUGCUGCGGACAGUGUGUCCAAAAAUCCUGUGUCGUUACUACAACCAAUGGAACUGCUAUACUUCUGAACGAAGGAAAAUCUCUUUCUUCCCCUGAUGACAAAUGUACAACCUAUAAAUGUGUGAAGUCAAGCGGACAACUUGUUACUGUUACAGAAAAAGAGACCUGCCAAUAUAGCAGCUCAAAGGACUGUAAAUAUGAUGAAGAGUAUGUGCCACCUACCAACCAGUGCUGUGGACAGUGUGUCAAAAAAUCAUGUGUUUUUAUCACUCCGAGCGGAGACUUUAAGCCUCUGAAUGAAGGAGAAUCUUUUUCAUCCCCGGGAGACAACUGUACAACCUAUAAAUGUGUGAAGUCAGGUGGACAACUUUUUACAGUUACAGAAAAAGAGACCUGCCAAUAUAACAGCUCAAGUGACUGUAAAUAUGGUGAGGAGUAUGUGCCACCUACCAACCAGUGCUGCGGACAAUGUGUCCAAAAAUAUUGUGUUCUUACAACACAGGCCGGGGUUACUAAGCUUCUUAAUGAAAGUGAAGUAUUCAUGGAUGGACCGUGUACAACAUAUCAGUGUGUUAAUAUAAAUAAUCAACUUAUGGCACUUUCUUCAACAAAGAUUUGCGAUUCUGACUGUGGUCCGGGUGAAACUUAUGAAAUUACUGACAAAAAAGUAUGCUGUGGAAAAUGUGUCCAAAUAUCAUGUGUGUUUUUGACAUCUUUGAAUAAAACUACAACUUUACAGCCUGGACAAUCUUUGAUUGACCCCGAUAAUGUGUGUAUAGUCUAUACUUGUAUAAGUGUAAAUAAUCAGCUUUUUACUGAAGCGGAAAAGAAGGCAUGUAAAUACGAGAGUGCUCAGGAUUGCCUGGUGGGCGAGGUGUAUAAAGCUCCCAGUAACGAGUGCUGCGGUGACUGUAUCCCGUCAGCAUGCAGCAUUGUGAUGUCAAAUGGAACAAGUACAGUUUUGAAGCCAGGGGAAUCGUGGCAAUCAUCGACAGACAAAUGUGUAUCUUAUGAUUGCUUGAAAUCCAAUGGAACGUUCCUGUCUGUUUUAAAUAAUAAAACGUGUGAAUCUGUGAAUUCAGAAGACUGUGAAACAGGCAUUAUUGAAGUGAGCCCAGAUGGCUGUUGUUCAAAAUGCAAGGCUCCAAAGAAUUGCACACUUCAAGUUGGGCCCGUGUCUCUUCUUAGUGGGGAUUGUCAACUCAAUAUAACUAUUCCAUACUGUACUGGAUCCUGCUCAUAUCCUACAUCGAUGAUAACAAUGACACCUGAAUGCAAGUGCUGCACAAGUCUCAGCUCAAGCAAAAAAACAGUGAAUGCAAAAUGUAACAAUGGAACCGAUAUUUCUUAUACAUAUGACCACAUUGAAAAGUGUGGCUGCAGCACUCUUGCAUGUGUUUAACUCUGUACACUAGCAACUACUUUUGUAUGUUCUUCCAAAUGAAGCCUUAUGCGUACUAUAUUUCUAGCAUUCUCAUACAGUUCUGCUCAUCUUCAUAAAUUUAUAUUUUAAUUCUUAUCCAUUAACAUCAUUUACUAAUUUCAUAUCUUAUCAUUUCUAUAGAUUAAUUAGCAAAUAUAGAAAAAUGUGUACAUUCUACCAAGUCCUAUUACAUAUUCCUAACCUGCCCUGCCCUGCCAAACAUAUUAAUUCAUAACUAUGUGACAAAAAGUGAGGUUAUGAUGUACAAUAAUUAUGUCUCAUCGCUAACUCAUGGUUUAAGUUCUAUCUCUCACAAUUUAAUUUUAAGUCCUAACAGGACAAUUGCAGUAUGCAUAAUAAUAUCUUGAGGAUAUAUCUGAUAAAGAAAUAGUGUUCAGGGUUUAAAAAAAUAAAAAUAAAUGUUGCAAUUUGCAAAUGAAAGAACUAUGAGUUUGAAUUAAUGAAAUAAUUUAGAUACAAUAAAUUAAAUACUCUGGUAAACGAUUACAUUUUAAACUUAUAAAAGAAAGCCAAUAAUCCCAUAAAAUAGAAAAUACUCAAUAUAUAAACAUAUGUCAUUUAUUGAAGAAUACAUAUAAUUAACAAUACAUCAUAUCAAAUUAUUGAGGCCAAAGGAUUACAUUUUACAGAAAAGUUGGUUGGACAUAUGUGAGCUACCUUGUUUACCUCCUUAUAUUUAUCAGCAAGGAGUAAAGAAGAAGCAAAAAUAAAAAUUAUUUGACAUUAGUAUGAUAUCUGUAUAAUAUAUCAAACCCAAAACUAUAGGAGGUGCAGAUGUUGUGGUGGGAAGCCAAAAGAUAUCAAAAUAUGUCGUUGGAUAGAACCCUAAGCAUGUACCAGUGUUGGUACAUACUGAUAUGUAUGGUAAUUUAUUUGUGAAUUGUGAUUUCUAAAUAAUACAGUAUCUCCCCCAUGUAAAAUCACAUAUUACUCUAUAUGAAAAAAAAAAAAAAAAAAAAACUCAACCACCAAGGCCCAGGAGAACCUAUGAUACAGACUGCUAGAUAUAUGUAUUUUAAAAACAUUCAUUUUGUUCAUUACUGUGAUAAAUCAAUAUCUAACUUGCAUGCAAAUUAUUAUAAAAUUGAUGCUCAUCUGAUUUGAACUUUUGUUGAUUUUACAAUACUCAAUAAAACUGA